AUGGCUUCAGUCAAUGUGCUGCCCACAGAUGCCGAACUGGCUGCCUUUAGCAAUCCAGCGGACAUUGUUGCAUGGACUGGCUUGAGUGCCGAUGUGUGGACCAUUGUAGACAACUCCUUGGGAAAGCUGCCGCAUAUUCGUUUGAUUGCAAGCCUUCCUCUUGGUGGCCUGAAAGCUGCACUACAACAGGCACGUGUCCCAGUCACAGGUGGCGAGCCUCGCGAAUUGAAUCUGGCCGAGUCCAUUCAGGAAGGCUUGUGGCAUGGCAGAUGUGGAUCCAUUCCAGGAAGGGUCUUCUUCCCCAGUGUCUCCGGCAGUGCCAUGACAAGUGCCCAGAAGAAGGUGAAAUUGUCACAGGUGCUGGACCAGGUGGAUGAGACUGAAACUCCACUGUUAGGAAGAGCGGACAUGGACCAGGCGUUUGCAAACCAUCCCAACCACGAAUCAGAACCAACACCGGAGCAAAUCGCUUCGAUGUAUCAACGUGUUGUUCAGCUGGGGGAACCGCCUUACGCGGACUUUUCCAUACUGACACCUUACGGCAAAAGGGCUCAAAAACAGAUGAAGGCCAGGGCAUGGACAAUCCAGCAGGACGGCACGUUUCGUGCACUAGAAGUACCAGGUCCUCCAACGUACAAGGCCUGGGCUGCUUGCUGGCGGGUUUUCCGCUCCUUGCUGUUUAUGCUGAAGCACCCAUCUAGUGGAAACCCAGUGGCAACGCCUGCUUGUUCGGAAGAGUACUUUGAGAACGUCACUCGCUUGAACGAGGACUACCCAGAAACAUGUUACCUCAUUAUGCAAGCAGAAGACCGUUGCAGAGCAGAAAUGCUGGAGAGACAUCGGAGAACCUUGACAAAGGCAGCAGCCGAGAACCGUUUGCCGAUGAACCUGGAAUUCAACCCUGCUCAGCCUUGGGUCGGUUGCUUCAUCUUUGCAGCUCGAGACCAGGAGUAUUGGAUGAAGCAUGUGAUUCGUCCUGCCCAGAAUUUCUUAGCAAGGGGAGGUCGUCAGAUGACCAUGGAAAAGGCAGAAAACAUUGGCGCUCCGUCAGCAAGACCACCACGGAAACGAAGGCGAGGCCGAGAUGCUGAGGCACCGCCGCUUCCAUCACCUAAGAAGUCUGGAAAGCCUGGUGCUGGAGGGCAAGAUAGCCACCCACGGAAGUGGGGAACUCAUUACAUCACGGAUCAAGAUGGGACCGAGUUGUGUUUCCGCUUUGCAAAGGGCAAGGCAAAUGCUUGCCCCGAACCAUGCAGAGACAAAAGGACUCAUGGCUGCCAGCACUGCCUGGGCAACCACUCCAAUGAAAAUUGCCCUCAUCAUGUCAAGAAAACUGGCAAAGAAGGGCCGAAAGGAAUUGCCACGGUGGAGCUGGAGAAGAUUGCUGCUAGUGCGUCAUUUGAUUCCAACACUGACAAGUCACCAUUGGAGUCUUUGACGUAUGUGAAGGUGGGCAGACACCAGAAUGCGCUGGUAAAGGCGUCUGCAGUCCGUGAAACGGAGAUGCAGAGAGUGAAUUCAAAAAAUGCACCUUCGAGCUCAUUGACAAUUGCAGAGAAGAGGGAGCUGGAAAAUUCCCUUUGCGUUGGUGGAUUAAGGGACCCUCAGGCCGCAGUUGCCAAGAGCUGGAAAUUAAGACAGGUGGGGGCCCGGCUUCGUGCAGUGCUGGACAUUCACUUGACUACAGGUGUGACUCAGCGGUUUGAAGAUGAGCCACAAUCAUGUCCUUUUUCAGUUGCCGAGCUGCGUGAGGUUCGCACGGCAGUGGCUAAGGAGUUCAAUGCCGAUGUUAGCCAUGAGGGCUACGAAGCUGAACUGUUUGACGCACUGCUGAAAACAGCAGAUGAUCCGGAUGCUGCCACCAUUUACGAUUGGUUGAAGUUUGGUUUUCCUUUAGGAGUAAAGUGUAGAAUCAAGAACAAUGGUGUUUUUCCGGCCACUGAUGAAGUUUCAGCGGCCAUCCAGGCGUCAAAGACCAUUGGCACUCUGGCCAGCGAUUGGAGCGGAGAAGCCAGAAACUACACGAGCUUCGCCGAGGCAGGGCCGUUGGCAGAGGAAGAACUAGAAAGGUUACUUCACCUGGGCCGCGCCGAUAAGGUCGGCAGUUGGCGUGAAGUUGUUGAUUUGAUAGGGCAAGAUGCGGUUCUCACUCCUCUGGCUUGCAUCGUCAAAGUCAAAGAUGGCAAGGCUAAGACACGUCUCAUUGUAGAUAUGAGACGUAGCGGCAUCUGUGGUCAAGUUUCUUUAUUUGAAAGAGUCGUGAUGUUGCUAAAUCAACGAUGGCACUGA